AUGAUACCGGCUUGGAUAAAAUACUUUUUGGUUAGAAUACGAUCUAAAAAGUCCGCACGUGAAUCCAAUCAGCGUUCAUCUACGAAUCAAUCAACAGGAUUUCGAAUUGAAUAUGGUCAAAUUUAUGGAUAUGAAUACGUUUUACAAAUCAAUGAUAAUAAACAGAAUGAUUCAUCUGUUCAUAGAUCGAUAAAUGCAAAACAGAAUUCCAAACGUACGAAACCAAAUUUCAAUCGUUCUAACGGAGGACGCAACACUUAUACCAAAGCAGAUGCAAUUUAUGUAAGUGGAUACACUGGUGUAGGUGAUGGCAGCCACGAUGCAGCGGAUUUGCUCUGUAGCGGUGGCGAUGAUGGCGGCGGGUAUGGUGGGGCCGGAGAUUGUGGAGGGGAUGGAGGAGACGAUUGA